AUGCCGUCUUCAAGACAUUCUGCACAAGAUGAGGCCGUUUUCAUGCAAGAACUUCUGUCUGGCGUAGAUUCUUCGUUCUUCGACGCAGUUCCUUCACCAGAUCCAACUCCAAAGAAGCGCAAGAGACCUACGGAGGAGCUGUCUGAGAAUAAGCACUUGUCAGGACAGAAAGAAAAUGCCAAUGUAGUCUUUGAGUCUGCAAAGAAGAAACCACGGGCCCUUGGCUCUCAGGAUUACGACAUUGCAGCUCUCCUUGAAGGAGCUGAAGACUGGGAUUGGGAUGAUAUGCUUUCGCCUGUUCGCAAGAAGCCUGCCGUACGUAUGGCCAUUCCCAGCACACCAGAUCCCAGUGCAAGUGUCUUUCGGUGCACUGUCGAGUCGAUUGAGCAUGAUAGACUGACGAAGAAACUCCUUGUUGUCUCAGAAAAGGAAUCGAAGUGCAGAACAGUUACACUAAAAGAUGAUUGGAUCCAGACAGACGUUUCCACGGGUGAUACCAUACACGUUAUCGGAGUAUUUACCCCUCGCGAUGAAGAUAUCACUAUUUCUGCGAAACGUAAUUUGCUCAUACAGCACCCUGAUGUACUCAUGACGUCGACUUCAAUCGCUGGCGCUCCGCACUGUGCACGUCGUUCGCUUCUAUCUCUUCUUAUGCGCUCGUCGUCGGGAAAGACACGCUCACUCGUUUGGGGUAAUAUUCUUCACGAGGUUAUGCAGCGUUGUCUCUCAUCGCAGCGAUGGGACGCGCCAAGUAUCGAGGCAUUCAUAGACGAGACCAUCCAAAAGGGCUUGACGGAACUUGUACAUAUUGACGUUGGAGUUGAAGAAGCAAGGAUAGAAAUUAACAAGCGUGCCGGCGGCUUGAAAGCGUUUGGAGAAAGGUUCUUAGGCGAAGUGCCCAAGGCAAACGCGUAUCUGUCAAACACUCGUGAUGGACAAGGCAAGGUGUCACGACUCGCAAUCACCCAUCUUCAUGACGUUGAGGAAGAGAUUUGGGCGCCGAAAUACGGGCUCAAAGGCAAGCUAGACGCCACUGUUCAAGUUCGCAUCGACGAAGAAACCAAAGGUCUCAAUUUGAAGCACGGUCAACUGCCACUGCCGUCUCAGACGAUCACAACUACAAUGCCCCUAGAAAUAAAAACUGGUCGUGCCAUCGCAGGCAUGGAGCAUCGGGCACAAACGAUGCUGUACACGCUGCUUAUGGCGGAGCGAUAUGGUACUCCGCUUCCGAGCCCUAUUUCCGGGUCUUCAUGCCAUGGUUCCCCUCCCGGAGGUUUGCUAUUCUAUACACAGUCAGAAGAGGUCAUUAGAGUACCACCAGGAUGGAAUGAGCUGCGUGGCUUAAUAAUGGCAAGGAAUGAAUUGGCGAAUUAUUUGAUGAGAAGGUCGAGACGAAGGAAGAAAUCAUUUGAAGAAGCCAAUUCAAAGGAAUCUAUGCACGAAGAAAAACCUGCUGAGGUGCCGUUCUUGCCUCCAACUAUCGAUCAAGAGCGAGCAUGUGGUAGGUGUUAUGUCGCGGAUGCUUGCAUGCUGUACAGAAAGGCGGUCGAGGGAGUCAAAGACAACUACUCUCCAAUUGCUGCCUUAUACGAAUUAAAGACUGGGCACUUAUCGGAAAACCAGCUCAUGUUCUUCAAGCAGUGGGAGAAUUUGAUCUCUCUUGAGGAACAGGACAUGACCCGAUUCCGUAAAGAAAUCUGGACUCUAGGUGCCACUGAGCGAGAAAAGUCGGGUAGAUGUCUCGCUGACAUGGUCCUUGACCCAACCUUUGAUGCGACAAGUGCACAAGACAAUGCUCGAAUUCAUCGGUACACGUAUCGAUUUACUAGGCGACCGCGAUCGCCCUCCGUACUUAAGGAUGCAUCUUCAUCAAGUUCUCCUAGUCUGUUGCACGGUCAUGUCACUUCAGGCGAGCCGGUGGUCAUUUCAGUGUUAGGCGAUCCUCGAUUAGUUGCAUUGGCUCGUGGAUACGUGCUAGACCUCAACCCUGAAAGCAUCGUUGUUGGAUGCGACCACAGUCUUUCUCCUGGGUCCUUAAAGUCCUGGAGUUCCUUCCCACUUGCACAGGAAGAUAUCGCCUUCCGCAUUGAUAAAGACGACUUGUUGGGUGGCAUGGGUCGUGUACGAGACAAUCUCGCUCAGCUUUUCUACGUGUCAAGUCCUCGCCGCCUCUUAGAACAGAUCGUUGAUCUGAAGCCGCCGGAGUUUGAUGCCGAGUGCCAUAUACCUAUGGAUGCGGCCUUAGACGGUCUAAAUGCCUGCCAGCAGCAUGCGCUGGAACACUGUCUUCGAGCGCGUGACUACGCCUUAAUUCUAGGAAUGCCGGGCACAGGCAAAACAACAACCGUUGCACACAUGAUUAAAGUACUAGUGGAGAUGGGCAAAACGGUUCUGCUGACAUCAUACACUCACUCGGCUGUGGACACGAUUUUGCUCAAGCUAAAGGAGACGGCGAAGUUUGGUAUUUUGAGGCUUGGUAAUAAAGACAAGGUACAUCCAAAUGUCCAGGAAUUCACGCUCAAUGCAGGAGAGCGUGCAACGACAGUGGAACAAUUAGAACACCAGCUCCUGCGACCACCCGUUGUAGCUGCAACAGCCCUAUCCACAGACCAUAAAGAAGCGAGGAAAGGGGGCUUCGACGUAUCUCUAUUCCGAAGGCUUUCCAGUGCGCAUCCAACCGCUGUGGUGGAUCUGACGUACCAAUACCGCAUGAAUGCGAAUAUCAUGCUUCUGUCGAAUAAAUUGAUAUAUUCUGAUCGUCUGAAGUGUGGCUCUGCUGAAAUAGCCGACCAAUCCCUCGUCAUUCCUAAUGCAGUAGAACAUGGCCGCUCAUGUAGCACAAAUGAUUCGUCAUGCUGGAUUCAGACAAUAAUUGAUGAAAGCUGCAAGGCGAUUUUUGUCGACACGGAUGCAUUACCAGCACUUGAUUCACGGGUCGGCGAUCUCGUCCAGAACGAGGUGGAAGCAUCGCUUGUCCAGCAACUGACCCUUGCACUCCUAAACGGUGGUGUGCGUGAGGAGCAAAUUGGCAUCAUUUCACUAUAUCGACAACAGAUAAAGCUUCUAUCGCGUCUGCUGCUGGAUAAUAAGGGCAUUGAGAUCUUGACUGCCGACAGAAGUCAAGGGAGGGAUAAGGACUGUAUAAUCAUCUCUCUCGUUCGUGCAAAUGAAGAGAAUCAGAUUGGUGACCUGCUUAAAGACUGGAGGCGAAUCAAUGUCGCUUUUACACGAGCACGCGCCAAGCUUGUCAUCUUCGGGAGCAGGAAGACGUUAAAAGCAUCGCCGCUUCUUUCAGAUUUCUUCGGACUAAUGGAAGAACGAGGUUGGGUGCUGACAUUACCCACGGGAGCCGAUACUUUGCAUUCAUACGCAACAGCAAGCAUCGAAGCAAAUGAACAGGAUUCGUCGAAAUAUGGUCCACCGAAGUCGAGCAUCGCUGGAGGACGAAAUGUCGCCCAUCCAAAGAAAACAAAGCAAGUAACAUUGGAGAACAGUUUACUUCGCGCACGACCAGUACUGCGCGACAUUCUAAACGGCACAAAAUAA